AUGCUGACAGGGACGGUGGGGGCGGCGGUGGAGGCGGUGGAGGAGGCAGAGGGGGUGGCGGUGGAGGUGGGGGUGGUGGCGGGAGUGGGGGCGUCGGUGGUGGUGGUGGGGGUGGUGGAUGCAGUGGCAGCCGCGGUGGAGGUGGCGGCGGCGGUGGUGCUGGUCGGGGUGGAGCCGCGCAGCGUGGAGGCUUUGGCGGUUGCAGCUGUUGCCUUUGGCAAAAAAGGGGGCAAGAAGAGCGGUAAGAAGGGAGGAGGUGGUGACAGUGGUGGGGGUGGCGGAGGGGGCAGCGGUGGAGGUGGUGGAGGGGGCGGUGGUGGAGGUGGUGGAGGGGGCGGUGGUGGGGGGGGCGGCGGGAGUGGUGGUGGCGGCAGCGGUGGGGGUGGGAGUGGUGGCAGAGGUGGAGGUGGAGGCAGUGGAGGAGGUAGUGGGGCGUCCCAGCAGCAGCAGCCCCAGCAGCAGUAG